AUGAUGUGCGAGGCAGGGCUGAUUGCAUCAGAGCCCUCCAACCCCAUGCAGUACUAUGGUGAGUCGUCUGACACCUACUACCACGUGGACCGCUGGCAGAGGCUGCGCACGGCUGUCAGGAAGCUGGAGUUCUGGGAAAACUUCAACGCCGAGCUGAUAGGCAGCGGCUUCUUCUCCAAGGUCUACAAGGUGACUCAGGCUGCUGCUUGUAAGGUGAUGGUGGUGAAGAUCUACAAGAACGACGUGGACCAAGAGGUGAUUGUGCGUGAGAUCAGCCUACUGCAGAAGCUGUCCCACCCCAAUAUUGUUAGGUACCUUGGGAUAUGCGUGAAGGAUGACAAACUGUACCCCAUUCUGGAGUACGUGAAUGGAGGUUGCCUGGAGGAGCUCCUGGCCAGCAAGGACAUUGGUUUGACAUGGAAGGAAAAAGUGGACUUAGCUUCUGACAUCACCAGAGGAAUGAUCUACCUGCACUCCAAGAACAUCUACCACCGAGAUCUCAACUCCAAGAACUGCCUCAUUCGAUUGAUGCCACGGGGUCGCGAGGCGCUGGUGACUGACUUUGGGCUGGCCAGGGAGGUGGUGGAGCUGCCUGUGAAGGAUGUGGAGAGGAAGCUGUCUUUGGUGGGCUCUGCUUUCUGGAUGGCUCCUGAGAUGCUGCGGGGAGAGCCCUAUGACCGGAAGGUGGAUGUGUUUUCCUUUGGCAUUGUCCUCUGUGAAAUCCUGGGCAGGAUUCCAGCUGACCCUGAAGUGCUUCCCAGGACUCAGGAUUAUGGCUUGGAUGUUGCUGCCUUCCAAGGGAUGAUCAGCGAAUGCCCCAAGCGGGUGAUUGACCUUGCUGCUAGCUGUUGUCGGGUGGAAGCAUUUAAGAGGCCGUCUUUCUCUGAAAUCCUGGAUGAGUUGGAGGAUGUCACGGAGAGCCUGGAGCCUAGGAGGGACAAUCAGCUUUUGGGCUGA